GAGGCCGAUCAGAGCGGGCGAGGCGAUGGUGGCGGUCGGCCACGGCGCGCACCCGGCCUUCUGGAGGACGCCGACGCCGUACCUCCUCCUCGGCUUCGCGCUCAUGAUGGGGAUCAUCGCCGUGGCGCUGCUCGUGCUCGUCUGCACGGACAGCAAGCCGUCCGGGUCGUCGUCGCGGCGGGGGAGCGCCGGCGAGGACGCGUCGGCGCGCGGGAUGGCGCCGCUCGACAGGGAGCCCAAGGUCGUCGUCAUCAUGGCCGGCGACGACUUGCCGUCCUUCCUCGCCAGCGCCAGGCCGUUCGCCUUCCCCGCCGUGACCGCCGCCGACGCGGGGGAGCCGCGCGGGGAGGACGCGUCGUAGGCGCGGCGCGGCGCGGCGCGCGCACCCGUGUACCCUCUGCCGGACGCGGGCCCAAUUUUGGUCGUCGGAUUUUCUCCUAGGAUUUUCCCCGCGUGUUCUGUCUGUAGAAUCUAAUUAGCAGAGAAGAUAGAGCUGUUGUUUGCGUUCUUGGUGAGGUGAGCGGCGCGCCGGCGGCGUGCGUUGAGAUCUGUGAACGCAAAUGGAAUUUUGGCCUGCAUAUUCAAUAAAUGCAUGACGCUCGCUUUGCUGCUCUCCAGUUCGAUUUCCAAUUGAAAUUGCCACACUUUUCGUUUGGGUGGGUGAUAUUAUAAAUACUCGCCCGUCGUCGUCAUUCUAGGAGACUGUCUCUCUUGAAAGUCUCGCAGUCGCAGGUCACAACGAGUCAUCUAUCUAUAAUGAGUAGUAUAUGUUUAUCAU